AUGUGUACUGUAGACUUGAUUCGAUGGGACCACAACUAUGGUUACGCAGGAACGGUACUGCCGGUGUACAUCACCACAUUCAUUUUUGGGUUUCCAGCCAACGUUGUGGCGCUCUACGCCUUCAUCAGGAAGGUGCGACAGGGUGCAACUCCCGUUGACGUCCUGCUGAUCGGACUCACCAUCUCCGACCUUCUCUUCCUGAUCUUCCUUCCCUUCUGGAUGAAAGCCAUUGUUGAUGGCAUGGCGUGGAGAAUGGCUCAUUUCCUUUGUCCUCUGUCAGGCGUCAUAUUCUAUGGGUCCAUCAGCAACAGCAUCCUGUUCCUUACCGCCAUAAGUGUUGAGCGCUACCUUGCGGUUGCCUACCCCGUCAAAUAUAAACUGAACAGAAAACCUUGCCAUGCUGUGGUGGGUAGCGCCAUCAUCUGGAUCAUCUCCAUGGCAGAGAACAGCAUCAUCUUCGUCAUGCAGUACUAUGAUGACCAUGACCACGACCACAACACCACCAAAGAAGAAACCUGCUAUAAUGACUUCUCUGAAGAGCAGCUGAAAAUACUUCUGCCAUUUCGCUUACAGAAAUUCAUCUUUCUCUUCUGUGUGCCGCUACUCAUCUGCUCCUUCUGCUACAUCAACUUUAUCCGCAUCCUCUCCCGCCUGCCCAAAAUUUGCCCCAAACGGCGUCGCAGAGCCAUCGGCCUGGCCCUCGGGACCAUUGCCAUCUGCAUCAUCUGCUUUGGUCCUUACAGCAUGUCUCACCUGGUGGGCUAUGCCACAAACGAGAAUCCAAAGUGGAGCAAGUUUGCUGUGCUCACCAGCACCUUCAACGCCUGCCUGGACCCCUUCAUCUACUACUUCUCCUCGUCCGCACUCAGGGCCACCUUCAAGGGCAUGUUCGGACGGCUGCCGGCACAUGUGUCCGCACGUGAGCAUCGGGACAUUGCCAAGCAGCCUUCAAGGGAGCUAGAGGAGGUUACUCGCACACAGAGCACCAAUGAUAACCAACGAUAA